UCUACACAAUGGCGUGCUUUGUGCUGACGGCGGUUGUUGUGGCGUUGCUCCAGGAGGCGUUGGUGUUCGGUUCCUAUUCGGAGCAGAUUAUAGCGGGCAGUGCAAAGCCACGAUUAGAGAAGAAAUACUUUAUUUACGACGUCAAUCCGGGAGAAGGAUUUAACUUACGACGCGAUGUUUACCUUCGAGCUGCUAAUACUGUCAAGAGGCUUAGAGAGAAGGAUCCCGCGUGGGUGCUGGUGCUGCCUGCUUGGCCACAUCUCUAUCAUUGGAAGUCUAGGUUUCAACAAGAGAAGAUCCCGUGGAGGCAAUUCUUUCAGAUCGAAAAGUUGAACGAGUACGUGCCAGUGAUGGAAUUUGAGGAUUAUAUAAAGGAGUAUGGACCAUAUAUUCAACAGCUUUUCUAUCUUCAAAACUUUCCUUGGAAGAAUGGUGAUCAAUGGGUUGAGCGUCUGAGUCCUGAAGAGUGUAGAAAGGAUCCUUUACGUUAUUAUCAAGACACCGAAGGUCGUUGGGUUGGUCAUUUUUCAGGCUACAAUGAAGUUGUUGUUGAGAACUUACAAUGCGUCUCAGUACUUGGGCAUGCUGGCCUGCUUGAUGACUUUCUUUUGAAGAAACAUGAUUUGGUGUCAGUAUUUGUUGAUCGUCUUGAGAGUCUCAUGCAUACAGAAUUCGGACAGCAUGCAUAUUGGGCAGCUCGUCGCAGUAUGGUGUUUGCACAACAUCUCAUCGACGAGGCAGAGAAAUUCAUGCGAGUCAAUCUGCCCAAGCCCGAGAACGAUGAAGUGAAGGGCUGGAAUUACAUGGCCGUCCAUCUCAGACGGAGAGACUACACGUGGUAUGAUCGCAAGGACGUGCCCACGCUGCAAGGAACAGUCGACCAGUUGAAACCGUUACUGAAAGAGAAGGGACUGGAUGUCUUGUUUGUGGCAUCAGAUGCACCAGAAGAAGAGAUAGAUAUAUUGAGAAAAGAACUGGUCGUUGUUCGGUACAUUCCGACCGCAGAGAAGCUCCAGACGUUUGGAGACGGCGGGGUGGCAAUCAUCGACCAAUGGAUAUGCGUCAACGCUCGUUACUUCAUUGGCAGCGAGCCAUCAACGUUUACAUUCCGAAUCCAGGAAGAGCGUCUGCUGAAGGGAUUCGUAAGAGAGACAACGCACAACAGACUUUGUUACGAUGGAUUAAAAGUGGGCGAUGAAGGAUGCGAACCGACAUCCUACUGGCCACCAGUUUGAUGUUAUUGAUACAUAGAACUCUACAUAUUGAGUGAGUGCAUGAGUUGAGAGGACAGACUUGUUUAUGGAGAGAUGCAGCAACUGAGUAUUGAGUUAUCUAGCACAAUGAAUUCGAAUG